UCGUCAAGGUUCAUUAUGGCAGACUCGGUCGUCGCCAUCGCCUUCGUUGUGGACUCCUCCCUUGCACUCGCUCUAGAAUGGCCGACUCUGCGACAAUUCUAUCUCACUCCAAUGCUCAAGCGACUCCAAGAUACGAACCUCAAUGCUGUGUUCCGCGCGGCAUUUGUUAUAUAUGGGACGCAGAACACUCCAAUAGUCUGCAAGAAUUUCUUCUUCGAUAUCCAGGUUGUUCUCAAUGAGGCGGUGAAAUGUGGGAUGGGUCAGAGUUCGUGCGGCGGAGAAAUGGGGAUGGCUGCUUUGGAGGGCUUUGUUGCCGCUAUUGAGCUGUUCGACCAAUUCACGGAGGACCGAGCAAAAAAUAGUCCUUUGACCUCGCACAUAUUUCAUUUCUCUGCUGCAAUCCCGGAUGACGUUGAACAUCCUCAAUGCAACAACUCACCAGCCCUGGACUAUGUGACUUGGGAAUCUCUUCCAACAGAGUUGAAGAAGCGCAGCAUCCAUCUUAGCUCCAUCAGCAUCAAAACCAAGCUACCCAAAUUCGCCCAACUUCACGCUUCCGCUUCUUCGUCAAUCAUUCCUCCCUGGUUCAUAACUAGAUCACAAGACACCGUGCUUCUCGCAGGCUAUACGGUACCACAGAAAGGCGUCAAACGCGCUGCUGAACCGCUUACUCCCCAGUCACCCAAGCGGCCAAGGAUAUCAGCACCUCCGAUACCUUCUCCACCUAAGCCCACCCACUCAUCGCCUCCACAACCUUCUCCGGCACCCGUGCCUGUAAGAGAAACUGCCGCAGUCGCCCCACCACCACCACCACCUCCUCCUCCUCCUCAAAAUCUUAUUCCUAACCCCACUCCCAACCCUAAUCCAGUAGCAAUGGCACCUACCCCUGCAAAUGUCAACUUCGCGCAACUACGAGAGCUCCAUCGUGUUCUUGGAACCGGUAUCGCCGCCGCUGACGCACAGAUGAAAGAGAUGCGCGCGCGAGGCGAACAUCAACAAGCCCAACUGCUUGCCCAACAAAUCAUGCCGAAAAGGGCUCAAUUCGACAAAUUGAGAUCAAUGAUGCAGAGUCUUCUACUUCACCAACAACGAACGGCCUUUAUGCAACAAACCGCUGCGGCUCAGGCGGCCUUGCAACACCAACAACCUCAACUUCAACAUCAGCACCAAUCCCCAUCACAGCCUAGUCUUCCUCCCCCUCCAUCAUCUAUCGCAGAAAGCAGCCCUUCCAAACAGGAAGAAUCAUCAGACAAGAUGGCGGUUGAACCCGCCCUUCCUGUUCCACCACCAAAUAGUCAUAUGCGAUCAUUGAGCGGCGGUCCCAACCGAACUCUGAUGAGUAACCCUGCUGCUAUGGCUCAAAUGCAAAAGAUGAUCGAGCAACAAGAACGCUCUCGACAACAAAACACGGCAAAUUCCGGAUCAACAGCAGGGCCUCGUCCGAUCUGGCAAGGACCUGUGGUUUGGACGGGGACUAAUAACCUCGGACAGCCACGAAACAUCGUGUGUCAUUUACAAGCUAGUUAUCGACACAAUCAAAGUGCUGACGCGAAACCGGAAAUGUGGCCCAAGCAAAUGAUGUUUGCGCUCCCCGAGAAACCGUUUAUGCCUCUUCCCGAGCUUCUUUCACGACACAAACCUGCUUUGUGUGUUUUAGGGCCGAAUCCCAGCUCAAAUAUGCCCAACAACGACGUAGCGUUCCGAACUCUCUUAACAUUGGUUGGCUCGAAAAAUACCCAUUUUACUAUAUCAUGGAUUCUGCCUGGGGCUUCACAGCCCACGGUUAACGCACUUGUUUAUCCAUCGCCAGAAAUGAACCUCAUUGGUACUUUCUUCCCAACGACUGGGGUGCCAGAAUACCCUUCUGCCGAACCCUCGAUUGCCGGUCCGAGUCACCAUAUUGCUGCUGGCCCGCCACCGCCAGUGCCCAAUCCAGCUCAGCCACAAGCGCCACAACUACAAAUGUCACAAAUAAACCUGACGAACUUCCGCAAUCAGAUCCACGCAUUCUUGCUACAGCAGGGCAUGCCUGUGCCUGUGCAAUUCCUGACACAGUUCAUCACACCCCAAAAUAUGGCGCAUCUAAUCAAGUUGACCAAGGAGCAGCGGUCGGCUGCGUUGCUCAAGUUGGCGAGAACUUGGCAACAACAGCAGCAACACCGACUUGCUGCGGCUGCGGCUGCGGGACGAAUGCCUGGUGGUAUACCUCAGAUGGGUGGUGGUGGUGGUGGUCCCAUGAUGCCACAAGAGGGUUUGGGAUUCAACCAGUUCGGAGGCAAUGGGAUGAGCGGUGGGUUUAUGGGCUCUGGUUAUCCUGACACGAUUACCACUGCUCCUCCUCCUCAAGGUGGAGGAAACGGUGCUGUGAGCUUCCAGAUGAUGCAAAACUUUAUGCAGAGGGGCGGAGAUUCGGGUGGAGGUGGAAUGUAA